GGGCAAAUCCAUGCGAACAUGGAGGAAGCUGCCACAACACGCCCGGCUCCUUUGCCUGCCACUGCCUCAAUGGUUACACGGGCUCGCGCUGCGAAUCGGACCUCAAUGAAUGCCUCAGCCAGCCAUGUCAUAAUGGAGCCUCCUGCCUGGACCUGCUGGACCAGUUUCAGUGUCUCUGCCCCGUGGGUUUUGAGGGACCCCAGUGCCAGCUGGAGGUGGAUGGCUGUGCAAGCUCCCCCUGCCGGAAUGGGGGCCAGUGUCAGAAUUCUGCAGGGACCUUCCGCUGCAUCUGCCCCCAAGAUCCCUGUCAAAACGGAGGCCAGUGCAUCGUGAAGGCGUUUGCCCCCAUUUGCCUCUGCCCUCUUGGUUGGGGAGGCUCUCGUUGCCAGCAGAAGACAACCCGGAAGGGAGAGCCUUGCCCAGAUCUGUCUGGCGGGGGUGAUUGUCAGUGCCUGCCUGGGAAGAAGUGCCCUGAUGGAAGAGUCUGUACUGAAACACCCAGUGGAUACCUCUGUCUCUGCCCCCCGGGAACCAAAGGUCCCAACUGCGAUUUGUACCCCUGUUCCGUUCCUACCGCCCAUUGUUAUCAUGGGGGGACCUGCGUGGCUCGGCCUGAAGGCGUUUCUUGCCUCUGCCCUCCUGGGUAUGUUGGUGACCAGUGCCAGGGGGUGGUGGACCCUUGCUUCUCCCAGCCUUGCCACCCAUCUGGGGCCCACAGCUGCCAAUCAAAUGCAAACGGCUUCCAGUGUUUCUGCCUGCCAGGGUAUACAGGAAUUCUGUGUGAGUCUUUGAUGGACAGUUGUCAGCCAAACCCAUGCCUCAAUGGUGGAAGCUGCCAGGCGGUGCCCGACAGCCCUCUGGAAUUCACCUGUCACUGUCCCCAGCAUAAUGGAGGGGUCUGCAUUUCCCACCCAUCUGGGCCCCAGUGCCUCUGCUCAGGAGGGUUCUCUGGACCAGACUGCCGCCUGCCUCCGUGCUCUUCUGGAUCCUGCCCCGCUCCCAACACUACCGUUGACUGCCAGCAGGUGGCAGGAGAUGGACGCUGCGACCGAGCCUGCAGCUCCCCGGAGACCCGCUGGGAUGGAGGGGACUGUUCCCUGGGGGUGCUGGACCCCUGGGAAAACUGCCCCAGGCGGGACCUGUGCUGGAUGGCUUUCCGGGACGGACAGUGCCACCGCCACUGCGAUAACGAGGAUUGCCUGUUCGACGGCUACGAUUGCAGCCAGCAGAUGCAGUGCAACCCUCUAUACGAACGAUAUUGCCGGGACCACUUCUCUGACGGACACUGCGAUGGAGGCUGCGACACGGCCCUCUGCGGCUGGGAUGGGGGAGACUGCUGGUCCGCCUCCACAGAGGGUCCAGGGUUGGGCCUGGUUGUCCUGCUACCCCAAGAGGGACUGCGCCAGUCCCUGCGUUCCCUGGCUGUCGCUCUGCGUGGGGCGCUAGGGCUUCAACGGGACCUUCAGGGCAGAGAGAGAAUUUACCCCUACACGGGAAAAGAAGAGCUUGGAAGCAGCAGCAAUUGGACGGGGACUGAGGAGAAAGCCGCUGGGGAGACCAUUGGGAGGCAACACUCAGGGGACACGCGAACCAAGGAGAGUGUGGGUGGCACGGACCCUCAGGCCUCAGCUUCCCAUUUCCCCGGGCCUCUUGUUUACUCUGUGGUGGCCGGAGUGGUGGCCGUCGUGCUGGGCAUCUUUCUGGGGGUGUGGAGGGUCCGCCGGCCCCAACGGCGGGAACAGGGUUUGCUGUGGCUCCCACCUGGAUUUGCUCCACGGCAGGGCAAGAAACGGCGGUGCCGGAGAGAACCCGUGGGCGAAGAUGCGAUCGGACUGAAGCCGAGGAAGUCGGGUACCGAAUUUGUAGAGGAUUCUGAUAUGUGUUCAAGCCCCCACUUCGAUGGACCGCUGAGCUUCAAGGAUAUCAAGGAUGACCUUGAAUCGAUUUCACCCCAAAACCAAGGCCAGUCUACGACUGAGAAGCAGGUGCAGUUAAACAUGCUGACCUCAGACCAGGAAAAGAAUUCCAAGCUGAAGGCUGUCAAAACUCAAGGCUCAGUUUGUGGCCUGACACCACUGAUGCCCGCAGCCCACACUCCUGUAUCGAAAGUGGAGGAGUCAUGGGCAGACACACAAGAGGAAAGCUCUGGAGAGACGCCCCUUCACCUCGCGGCCCGAUACUCCCGCGCUGAUGCCGCCCGAAGACUCCUGGCAUCCGGAGCCGACGCCAACACCCGUGAUCAGUGGGGGCGGACCCCUUUGCACAGUGCUAUAGCGGCAGAUGCAUUGGGAGUAUUCCAGAUCCUUCUCCGGCACAGACAGACAGACCUGGACACCUCGGCGCACGAUGGCUCCACCCCGCUAAUCCUGGCCACGCGACUCGGGGUGGAAAACAUGGUGGAGGAGCUGGUGGCCAAUCGUGUCGACAUCGGGGCCACAGACAAGAGAGUUGUGGUGAUGGCGGAUGCACAGACGCCACUCUUCCUCGCCGCCCGAGAGGGGAGCUGCAAAGUGGCUUGCCUCCUUCUGCAACACGGCGCCAAGCAGAACAUCCCGGACCACGUGGGCCGCCUCGCAAGAGACGUGGCCCAGGAGCGCCUCCACCAUGACAUCCUGUCCCUCUUGGACUCUCCCCGCCCCUCUCCCACAGCCGGCCAGCUCCCAUCACACAGGCCACGGCCGCACCACCAUCGCUCGGCUCCCAACCCACGCAAAUUAUCGUGGCAGGGCGGCCACCCGCGGCUUCCCCCAGUCCCAGAGAACGAAAUCCCUCUAAAGGUUCUUCCUCCUUCCGCGUUGCCUACGAGCUCGUCAGAAGAGGCCGUGGGGCUGCCUCCUGAGUGA